UUAAGUUCUCUGAUGGUGUAGUACCUGAUUCAGAACAUGUCGAUACAGCUGGAGAGAUGGGGGCUCCUAAGAAUGUUUUCAAUGCGGAGAGCCAAGCCAAUGAGAGAAUGGUUCCUGAGAUUCUAUUUGGAACAUCAAACUAUGGUAUCCCAGCGACUCUAGAUGUAGAGGAGGACUGUGUGGUGUCAGCCAUCAGGGUAGAGUCCAGGUUUUCAGAUGAAGAUGACAGUUUAGGUUAUGAGCUAAAUGGUACAUCAGAUCAUAAGUUUGUUCCAGAGCCAGGUUUUCCGGCAGUGCCCAAGACUCCCCCACACAGCACAGGAGUUCUUCCAUCACAGAGAAACUUGGAUGAUUUUGAUGAUGAUGAUGAAGAAGGGAUUGGUGAUGAAGAUGCACCUGCAGACUACUGGAGUGAUGAGGAAAAGCUUAUUGCUGAUGAUGAAGAUAUCAGAGAAACUUUAGAUCAUACCUCAACUCUUGGGGAGCCGAAAAACACAAGCACAGUUUCUCAUGGUGAAACGCAUAGGCCAAGAUCUUCAGACGAUUCCUUUGAUUCCAAAGAUGAUGAUGACAUUGCUAAACCAAAGGUAGAUAAAUGCAAAUCCUCAUGGUAUUCCCAUUCAGAUGAAAAUGACAAAGACGAUGGCCCCUCAUCCACUAAAGAUGAUUAUGAUGAGCUAAAUGAGGAUUGCGUUCAAUCAAAGGUGGAUAAAUGCAACUCCUCAUGGGAUUCCCCAUCAGAUGAAAAUGAUAAAGUCGAUGGUGCUUCAACAACUAAAGAAGAUGAGACAAUUGAUGAGAUUUCCCAUCUUGAAGGAGAAGAUCUAAGAUCAGAUUUCCAACUAGAACCAUCAACCUCCCCCGUGCAAAGCAUAUCACCAAAGUCCUGGAAUUCUUCAUCAGAUGACAAUGUCAAAAAAGGUGCCUCACCCAUUAGAGAUGGAUGUUUAGAGGUUCAUGUUUCAGUAGAGGCUGGUAAGUUGUCACCAAGCCUGAGUGUCGCAGCACCAAGAAUCCGGGCCGAGGACCAACAGUGUUCUGAUGAUUCAUGGGAAGACGACGAUGUGGUAGAUGAAGGUGAGGAGAUGCCAAAAGACGAUGCCUCUCCUGCAGAGUCUCCAGAACCAGGAGAGAAAAAGGCUGCCAUUAAAGAAUCAUUUGAUGAUAAUUUACCAGGAAUUGGUGAACAAGUUGAGGAUAAAAAUAUGUAUGAUGAUGAUGGUUCGGAUGAUGAUUACUAUGUGAAUAGGGAUGUAGCGGCUACAGGGUCUCCUGAACCUGAAGAAGCCAUUUCUCCCAUUCAACACAAGACAGAUGAGAACUCUCCUCGUAACUGGACAAGCCCUCCAUGGUCCCCCAGAAGAGAGAUAAAGGACAUGGACAAUUUGGGGAGAGGGCCUUCAACUCCAAGAGAUUUGCUAUCACUAAUAUCCAGGCCUCCGAGUGCAAAUGAGCAGAGGUUGACAUCAAGAGACUUGGUAUCACCAAUAUCAAGGCCUACGAGUAAAGUAUCUAGGCCUGCAAUUACAAAUGAGCGGAGGUUGACACCAAGAGAUUCACGAUCACCUAUAGCCAGGCCUGAGAGUACAGAUGAGCAGAAGUUGAAGCCAAGAGACUCGCGAUCACCAAUAUCCUGGUCUACGAGUGCAUUAUCCAGACCUACUACUGCAAACGAGGAGAUGUUAAGUAAAGGGGCUGAUGAACUGGAUCUCUCUCAACCCCAAAAGGAUGUUGAGUCAGAUGAGUCAGUUCCUGUGUCAAUGAUUGAUGAUUGGCAGGAUGAAAAAGAGAUAGCAGACGACAAGGGACAGGAUAAUGCCAUGAGUGACAAAGAGAGAAGCGAAGACACUGACAGCCAAUACCAAAAACUGCAAUACGAUUUUGCCGGUGGUACUAUUAAAGUUCCUGAUGAGGGAAACGAUUUUGAUAACACACAAGGAAUUCUAGGAGAAGAGGACAUUGAGAGCAUUGUUGAGAGCUACGAUGUGAAAUCAGGUAGACUUCCAGUGACACCAAUAAAACAUAGUCUUGAGACUCGUAAAAUGUUUGGAAAUACUUCAAGUGAAGACGAGGCUGCCUCAGACCUUGAUUCCGAGGAUGACCCAACGCCUGAUGCCAUGAAUGCUGCUCACACUCCAAUAGAGGAUAUAGAUCAAAUCUCUGACGAACAAGGUGGACUUGACCAGGAGACUACUGACCAGAAUGACCCUGGUGAAACUCAUGAGGCCAACCCUGAGAAGGAUGACGUCGAGCUACAGAGUACCCACAGCAAAGACCGUAGUUAUGUCGCUGCUGUUCAGCAGCAUGAGUCUGACAUGAGCGAUGGAUUUUCAGAUCAAGAGGAAGAAUUGCCUCAAACAGACAUUGAUGAUGUCGAUGUUGAUUCACCCUUCGAGGAUGAGCCAGAGUACGUUGAAAGUGAAACAGAGGUUAGAGACAAUGAAGACCCAGUCAAAGGCAUCAAUCUGCCUAUCAAAUGGGAAAAAGAUUCCACUGAGGAUGAAGACGAUUAUGAUGAAGACAGAGGUGGUGAUGAAGAAGAUGAGGAAGAGAAAAGCUUUGAGGAGAUGGGAAAGACAAAAUAUCAGAUAGAAGAGGAGAAAGACGAUUCCCUUGUUGAUGAUUCACCAGUCCCUGGAGGUGAAGACCCCUCCAAAGAAAAACAAAGAGAUUUCCUUUCUGAGUUGGGUCUGGAGAAGGGAGAUGAUGAGGAAGACUCAUGGGACACUGAGUCUGGCUCUGUCAGUCCCAGAAAACAGCAUGGCCGAGAUCCUGCGAAGGUGCCACAUGUUUCCAUUAUUUCAGGGGAGAACAAAGAAGUUUUAAGAAAUUAUGAUAAUGAUGCCGACAAUGUCCCAGAAAAGCCAGAGAAAAUCAAAAGGGAAACUCUGUCCAUCUUGACCAAGCUUGAACUGUCCAAAAAAGAUGCUGACAAAAAGACUGACAUAAUGGAGGAGCUUGGGUUGGGUGAUGUUGAUGAUCUUGAAGAUGCCUCUGAUUGGGACACGGCCAGCACCGCCAGCAGGAGAACCCUCCCCGGCCACGGAUUGCCUUCCCUCGGUGGCGAGGAGCUGAGGGAGGAGGCCUCUUCCCGAUCCCCCGUCCCUCUACCGGCUGUCCAGGAGCAGGAGCCAGAUGCCGAUAUAGCAGUAAUAGCGGAGAGGAGCGGUCCUGAGGAGAAGACACACUUUCUUUCGGAGAGACCCCUCCCAUUGGCCAGCCCGCGCUCCCUUACCCCUCAAACCCUACCCCAGCCUUGUGCUCGGAAGAUGCAGCCCCAGAGAACAGAGUACUUUGGUUGGGAUUCUGACCAAGUGAAUACCUCUACCCCCAGCCCAGUCAGGACUGGGAAGCAACUACCAAACUUAACAGAGACCGUCACAGUGUUGAAACCUAAUAACCCUGUGCGUGAGCCCUCGCCAGUGAAGCAAGAGAGUGAAAGCAGUCCAGAGCCCGAGGAGCAGGCACAAGAGGUGGGCGAAGACAAGACAAAGGCCAACAUGGAGUUGCUGCAAAAAUCAAGUGCCUCACGGGUUGCUGGAGGAUCAAUGAGCAGACGGUGUGAACUAGACCAAGAAGAAGAAGAGGAGAAACCCGAGACCAGUUUAGGACACCCUAAAGUGUCACGCAGUGGAAAUGGAGCAACAGAAAGUGAACAUCAGCUCAGAGCAACAGACCGUAUUACCCAAAGACACUGGUCCAAAAGUCCAAAGAGGGCCCUGGAGGACCAACUACAUCAUCAGCAGCAGAAGGAGGAGGAGGGGAGAGCUGUAUCUAACGAGGCCACCUUACAGUUACCCUUUCUGGGGGGAGCCAGGCAUGGCCGAGCCCCCCAGGCAGCUAACCAUGUUAACGCAGGAGACCCCAUCUCAGUGUUUGACGAUAGUACUUUAAGUGAAGUGUCGGACGAUGAUGGAAGGUCUCUAUCUGCAUGGCAUCAGAAAGACAAGACCGCUGGCGAGAUGGAGAUGGCGGAGGACUUUGAUGAGCUCACACAGUCAUCAGACACGGCCACAUCUGACCUCGAAGACCCCACCUCUGGCUACCGUCACGCCUCUUUUCUCAUCAAACAGCUCGACUCUGCCACUUUAGACUCUGUGAGCAUCGUGAAGCUCCAGAACAUGUUCCACGAAUAUGAGCGCACCAUCCAGAAGGAGCGGGACCGCCAUGGGCACCUGUCUGACAAGGUGAGCCAGCUGGAGGUCAAGCAGCGCGAGCUGACGGCCUCACUGGAGGAAAGCCAGGACAGCAAGCAGGCCCUGGAUCACCGGCAGCUUGAGCUGGACACAGACCUCAACAACUUUAAGUUCCAGCUGAAGCAGGAGCAGGAGAAGCACCGGAACGCCUCCAUGCUGUAUGACAAGAACCGGGAGAUGCUGCGGAGGAAGGAGGAGGAGCUCCGGGCCGAGGCAGAGGAGAAACACAAGGUGGAACUGGCCAUGAGGAACCUGGAGCUGGAGAUGAGGGCCAUUAUUAACAACAUGAAACAGUCGGAGGAGGACCAUAGCGAGACCCAGAGGCUGCUGUCCCAGGAGCGAGUUGCCCGAGCUUUGUCGGAGACCCUCCUCAACAAUCACCUCCGCAAGCAGCAGGAGAUCGAGGAGGAGAACAGGAGGACCAUCAGUAAGAGCAACGAGGCCCUGUCCCAGUUGACGGAGGCCACCGACCGAGAGAGGGGGCUGCUGCAGCAGAGCUCUGUGCUCCAGGACGAGCUGAGCUCCCUGAGAGCUGAGCUGGAGCGCUCCUGCUCCCACAGUCGCCAGGAGGAGUCCCGCCGCUCCGAGGAGAGCGAGGCGUUGAGGGAGCGCCUCGAGGACGCCCGGCGCGACCUCAAACUCAACGAGGAGGCGCUGGCCCAGACAGUCUACCAGUACACCAGCCAGGUGACCACCGUCAAGGCCGAGCUGGCUGUGGCUUCCACACGGCUGGAGCACGAGCGCCAGGCGAGGGAGCAGCUGGAAGCCGAAGGUGAGUCAGCGAGGACGCGGCUGACUGGCGCUCUUCAGGAGGUAGAGCGAUGCCAGGUGGCACGUGCUGACGCCGAAAGGGCUCUUCGUCGCGAGCGCGAGGGGCACCAGCGUGCCCAGGACAAGCUUACUGGCGAGGCGGCGAACAAACGCGAGGCGGUGGGCGGGCUGUCGCAGAAACUCGCUAAGACAGAGUCACGUGCAAACGGCCUCGAAAAUGAGGUGCACCGCGUCACAAUGUCGCUUGCCGAGAUGGAGCAUGUGGUCGCCACGCUGCAGAGGGAGAAGGAGCAAAUAGGAGGCCGAGUGAAGGAGCUUGAGGCAGCUCUACAGACGGAGAGGGAGCAGGCUGGGAGAGUGUGCGCCCGGCAGGAGACGCUGCAGGAGAGGCUGGCGGCGGCACAGAGCGAUGCCAUGCUGCUGAGGCAACAGCUGGAGGAGGCCCAGAACAAAGGGAUGGUGAAGGAGAAGGCGGUGACGGACGCCCAGGAGCGCUUUGGCGACCUGCUGGCUAAGCUGCGCUCGGACGGGGAGGAGCGUGUGCAGCUGGUAGAGGAGAGGAGCAAUGAGCUGGCCACCAAGGCUGCCGACCUCCGCGACCAGGUCUACAAGCUGGAGGAGGAGAAGAACGACAGAGAGACUGGUUUGAGGCAGCUGCAGCAAGAACUCGCCGACUCACUGAAGAAGCUGUCAAUGAGCGAGGCUUCCCUGGAGGUGAACACACGCUACCGCAAUGACCUGGAGGAGGAGAAGGCACGACUGCUCAAGGACAUGGACCGCCUUAAGGGGAAGCUGGAGGAGAGCGAGGACCAGUACGUUCAGGCGGAGCGGCGCAUCAAUGCUCUGAAGAGCAGUCUGGAUGAGAAGGAGCGAGAGGUGGUCGCCGCCUCUCAGAAACUGCAGGAGGUGCUGUCUGCCUUUGCAGGCUCAGACACCACCAUUAAACAGCUGGAGGAGGCAGUGCAGAGAUUGGAGAUUGAGAAUGCUAGGCUGGAGGCAGCAGCAAAGCAGCAGACCAACAAGAUCGAGGCACUGCAGAAAGGAGUCCAAGACUCUGCCAUGGUCAGGAACCGUCUGGAGGACUUGGUGACUGGCCUGCAGUGCAGCAAGAUGACCCUGGAGGACCAGCUCAGUCAGGAGGUGCAGAAGCAAAGCAUGCUGUCCCAUAACGCCCAGGACUCCCAUGCGCUGUGGGAGGAGGAGCUGAAGAGCCGCUCCAAGCUGGGUCUGCGUCUGGCUGAGCUGGAGAAGGAGAAAGGAGAGCUCGGUAGCCAGAUGGAGUUAGAGAAGAAGAAGGCCAAGAAGAUAGCGGAACAGAAAAAGUCUGUGGACACCAGACUGGACCAGGAGAUGAAGAGAAACACAGAGCUACAGAAAGAAAUGUACAGGUUGCGGACACUGGUAAAGACGGCUAAGAAGAAGCUGCGGGAGCAGGACGGUGCCGGGGCUGAGUUUGGAUCGCCCAUGAGCAGCAUGAGAGGGGAGAUGGGCCACAGACAGGCUGAGGCUGACAUCGGCAGGAUGAAGAACAAGGUGGAUGACCUGUCGGUGCAGCUGGAGAAGGAGGUGUCUCGCUGCUGCCAGCUGGAUAGGGUCAACGGAGAGCUCAAGGAGCAACUAGCCUCCUUGAAGGGCCUGGGCCGCAGCAACGAGCGUCUCGAGCGUAGCAAGAGGCACCUGGAGGAGGAGUUGUUGGGCCUGCGGCGGCAGGUGGAGGCGGGGGUGAUGGACCAGACCCUGGUGGAUCAGUACCGACGAGACGCAGAGGAGAGGGCCCGCCAGGAGAUCAGACAGAAACUGGAGGAGGUCAACCUCUUCCUACAGACCCAGGCGGCGUCCCAGGAGGCGUUGGAGCAGAUCAAGGCGGCAAACGAGGCCAGCUUGCGCUCCACGCUGGAACAGCGUAUUCGGGAGCUGGAGGGCGAGCUGGGCAGAGCGCACUCCACACAGCACGACAGCAUGAGCCUGCGAGACUCCACCCGUACAGAGCUGGAUCGCUACCGGGAGCUCUACACUGAGGAGCUGCGUCUCCGCAAGGCCCUGGCUGCCAAACUAGAGAGGUCCAAUGAGCGGCUGGCGGAGGCCAACACCAAGCUGAUGAGCGAGCGCCACCGCAGCAAGUCCCUGAUAGCCAGCAGCAUUGUCAACGGCAGCCUGGGCGGGCCUCUGGACAUGAGCUCCCUGGGGUCGGUGGGGGCCUACGGGGCAACGCUGGGUCCCCUCAACAGGAGCCUGGGAGGGCCUCUCCUCAGCCCCCUGGGGGAUGGGGGUCAGAGCAGCAGGGUGGAGGCUUACCUGGCAAAGAUGCAGAAUGAAUUGGAGAGAAACAUAUCAAAGGAGUUGGACCAUGCGACAGCAGAGCUUGAGGGCUCUGCCCGGAUGUCUCCGGUGGGCUCUGCCUCGGGCUCCCCUACUAGCCUGGGUUGGGGUCUCAGUGUGGUGGAGGACCCGGUCAGCAGGGCCACACAGCAGUACCUGGAGGUGCUCAAGAAAAACUAUAUGAUUUGACCAGGCAGCAUUGGGCUUCCCAAAGGGAGCCACAACUGUCCACUUUACCAUGACCUGGGUGGUGUUUAUUAGGGCACUCGGUGGGAAACGUUUUGCAAUGGAAGGCAAAAUUAUGUUUUUAAGUCCAGUUAUUCCUUCCGUUUCAGUCUGUUUUCUCCCGUUUGGUGCUCUAAUGAACAUCACCCUGGGCCUCAUCAAUGCAUGCUUAUAUAAAAAGAACAUGCACAUUGAGAAAAACACUAAAGGCCAAAGCCACUCCACUAUAACACAUUCCCCCCCAAAAAAUGUUUACUCUUUAUUCUACGUCUUUUAAGAAAGGAAACAGACGUGAUGCACAUUGCACUUACAGUGCAUUCAAAGUAUUCCGACCCCUUGACUUUUUCCACAUUUUGGCUUAUUCUAAAAUGGAU